AUGAAACCAGAGGAAUUAAGCAGUAAUGAGAGCGGAAAACAACAACUAACUCAGAUCGGAGAUGGGAAUCGAAGCACAAUGAUGAAGGAAACCCAGUUGAAGGCUGGGACGAUUGUAGAGAUGGAGAAGAUUGGAGAGUUGAAGGGAACACCCAGGGGCUCGCAUAAAGCGAUUUCCAGCGGCUCAAAACCAGUAAGGUCCUCAUCUCCCUUGGAUUUAAAUUCUAGGGUAGGGAAAAGGAAUGAAUCUAGUAGCUGUGAUGAGGUUGAGGGGAAUACUGUGAAAGGAAAGGGGGAUUCAGAGAAAGGUGCUGAUGUGGGAUGGGCUUCAUUUGAUUUGGAGGAACAGAAGACUGGUGACAACACAGGGAAGGGUAAAAUACAAGAGGACGAUGCGUUGGCUCCAGAGAAGAAUGACAAUCUAAAGGGAGUACACAAGCUGAAUCCUCAGAAGGAGAAAAAAGAGAAAAAAAUGGAAAGCAAACAGGGGAUAAGUGUGAGGGAGAAUAGUUAUAAGAAAAAGGCCCAGGAGGAACUGUUAUGA